CAAAGUAAUCAAGCAAAAGAUGCUGAUCGAGACUUUUGCCUUUUUCACCUUUCGCAUGAUCAGGCAAAAGAUUUGUAGUUUCAGUUGGGCUAGAACAGCGAAGCCGGUUGGUCAGCAGCCUUUGCUUAUAUAAUAACACAACAGCAUAAGUAUAACUUGGGCUUUGGCAUAAUUAAGCAUUGUGUUUGUGUCGCCCAUGAAUAAUACAUAAAAAAACACAAACCCAAGAACCACACGCCAGUCAAACACACACAAAAAGCUAACAAGCUACGUCAGCCAUUGACCCGGUCAACGAGAACAGCAACAACAAAAAACUCAAACAUUUUCUUUCGAUUUAUGCAAAUGCCGCCAGCAAUAAGAUUUCUUUGGCUGUUCUGCCUAGUUGUGGCAUCGUCGCGAGUUGUUCUCGCUGGCAACGAGGAACAUUUGCGAGAACUUGUGGCCACCGAGACUUCGCUAAUCGAUGCGCUGCGCGAAUAUAUCGAUGGACUCGAACAGCAGUUGUUAGCACUGAAACAAGAAACUCUCGCCAUCGAAGAGCUCCAUCAGCUGGUGGGCGAUCAAGUGGAGGAAUACAUUGGGAAUCCACUCAAUGUGCUUACCAUUCUGAAGCGUUUCCAGAGCGUUUGGCCCAAGCUCGAGAGGCAAGCGAAUGCGACCCUCGAAUUGGGCCAAGAUAUGCCCGACUAUGAGAUGGAAUUGCCGCUGCCUAGCGAAGAGGAAUACGAGACAGCACUGUUGAAUUUAUUGCGACUACAAUCUGUCUACGAACUGGAACCUGCGACACUCUCGCUGGGCAUAGUCAAUGGACUGAAGCUGGGCUCGGCAAUGUCGUGGAGCGAUUGCCUGGAGAUGGCCCGCAAGUCGGAUCGCAAUGGUGACUAUGCGGUGGCCAAAUAUUGGGUGGAAACAGCGCUGGGAAAACUGCCAGCUGCUGCGGGCAAUGCAACCCAUGGCAGUUCAAUCAGUGAACACGACCGAGGCAGGGUACAAAUACUGGAGGCAUCUGUGAAUAUGGAUUACCGCGCAGGCGAAUUCCUGAGUGCUCUGGCCACGGCCAAAGAGUUGCUGCUGCUGCGUCCCACGAAUCAGAAUGUGCAGAAAGCCAAGGCCAAGAUUGAACGGGCCAUAAGCGGAGCUCAAACGAAGUCCAAGGCAAAGCUCUCGAAAUCCGUUGAGCAGCUGCUUAUUGAUGAGCUCUGCCGCUCGGCCACCCGCCAGCAGGUGACAACAGGAAGUCGUCUAUUGGAGUGUCGCCAAGAUGUGUCGCAUCUCCGCAUGCUACGCUUGGAGCAGCUGAGUGAGGAUCCACACAUCACGCUCUAUCACAAUGUGCUCAGCUUCCGUCAGGCAGACAAAUUGAUUACACUACUCGAUGAUAAAGCAGAGCAACACACGAAAGUCGCCGCCACUUUUGCGCCAAUGGAGCUGAGCAAACUGGGACAGAAAAUGCUGCGUGGCAUCAAUUAUCAACUGGCUAAUGUUGGACACCCAGAGGAGCCGUUGUCGUUGCCAUUGUGGCAGGCACGUCGUCACAGUCACGAGCACGUGACGGCCACAGAGGUGGCAGAGGCUGAGCAUGUGCAGCAUGUGGCACGCGCAAUGCUCCAACUACACGAGCCAAAGUUGGGCGGUGCGUUGGUGUUUCCACAGUUAGAACUCGGCGUGAAUGUCCCACGGGGUUCGUUGCUCCACUGGCGCACUCGUAGCAUUAGCGAGUCACAUUCAAGACUGGAUUACCGCAGUCGCCAGCUUGUCUGUCCCGUGCUGCUGGGCUCACAGUUGUCACUGUGGACCGAACUGAACUGAAUUGAAUUCGGACAACGACUGAAACCCAUUUUGCCUUUUAAUCUUUCGCUAAUUGCCGCCAUGAAAAUAAACAACAAGAACAACGAAAUAAAAAGUACUGCAAUGUUGACAUUUCAUUGAGUUUCAUUUCGCAAUUCUUGGACUUUCAUCUGUCAUUAAAUGCCCAUUGCUUAAAAUGGGCGUGUUCAUUGUUUGUGUUUUUGUGCAGUUCCCUUGCGUAAUUAAAGAGCAAACAAAUUUCAAUAUUUAUGCAUCAAAGCGAGCAACAAUUAGCAUAAUACCGAGCGACUCUGUCGAGUCAGGUUCUCAGGCUAUGUUUGCUGUUCGUUUUCUCGAUGGCAGCAACAGGAAAUAGUUUAAAUAAAUAUUGGGCCAUAAAAGCGAUGCGAAUGUGACAAUUUGAAUGUUGGGCGAAACAGUAAAUCAAAUGACGGAUUAAACAUUAAAAAUACAAUAGCUGCUAGAUUGAAUUUUACUUGCUCGUUAAUUAACGCAAUAAAACCACAAACUUAUCAAAUGAAUACCCUGUCAUUUAGAUGCAAGAUUGAUGGGCAGUUCUAUUUUGGUAAAUGAUCUUAAAUAGAGCAAAAAUCUGUUGUGUGUUGUCAUGGUUGACAUGUUAAUACCCUGGAAUUUG